UGCUGGCCUGCAACGGCUGACACCUUUCUCGAAAGACUUCUUCUGCACUUUCCAGCAGUCUGUUUCCGACAGCCCAUCAGAAGAGAUGCAUUAUUGUGUGGUAAAGUGUUUUGUUCUGGUUAUAAUCUUAGGGAGGAGUCAACAGGGAGAUGACUUCACCACUCCCAGUGCCGCCUGGUUGGAAUAUCAGAGGGAACGUUUCGGUAUCAACAAUCCCCUGAUGGUCAGUUCCACCAAGGCACCCACCCUAAAUGUGGAUGUGGUGACCCCAAAAGUGGAGACCACAUCAAGGAAACAUUCCUCUAGUUCGCCCGAAACCGCAAGUCAGGAAUCUGAAGAGGAGGAGACCACAGAGCCACCACCGGAGGAGGAUGGAAUGGAGGUGCCUAGCGUGCAAGGGUUUUUCAGGUUCCUUAAAAACAUGCAGAAAUCCUGGGUUAAGAAAUCAGCUUUGACUAUUGGAAAGAAAAUAAAGCUGCUGCAAAACCUUAGAGACAAUCUCCUGCGACUAAUUGAGAAUCAAUUUGCAGUUCUUUGGCAGCCACCAGAGCGAAAAAGGCGACGUCGCCGUGGUAUACUUGAUGAUUCGGAUAUAGAUUUUCCGCCUGAGGCAGCACUCAUGAGCAUCAACUUCUUGACAUUCGCUGUUUUUCUCAUCAAGCUAGUCAUGCAAGUGGUGAAGAUUAUCAAAAGCAAGCAUUACACACUUUCUGGAUUCACCAUUGUACCGGAAACUGCUAGAAGACCCUAA